AUGAACUUGAAGGGUCUGAGAUCCCAGGCCGUUACAGAGUCUGUGGCUGAGCGCCUCUUUAUGCGCUGUUUCGCGCUGGCAUUGGUCCUUUCGGCAAUACCCAUUCUGCAGUACUGGUCUGGAUCCGGUUCUAUCUUCUUGGAACCCAUUUGGGGUUCGCUUGACUGCGAGGAAAGCGUCAAUUUGACCGCCACGGUCGUCAGGGAGCUUACGAGCAAGCAACUGUUGGAUCGUAAUGCAAGAGCUCUCUGUGUCGGGGAAGGAUCGGCCGCUGCCGUGUAUACAUUGCACGAAUUGGGAUUCACCAACACUUCUGGUGGUGCAGAUAGGCACCCAUUCUUCUUGCCUCGGCAGAAGAAGUUCAUGUAUGAGCUUGAAUUUGGUGAUAAUUCCUUCGACUUCGUGUUCUCAGGGGAUCUGGACAAGGUUCCUGUACCUGCUAGCCUUGUCCUCGAGAUUGAGCGGGUUCUUAAACCCGGAGGAGUUGCUGCUGCUCUUAUCGGUGGCUCAUCGAAUGGUUUGGUCCAUUACAACUUGGUCCGAUCGGCAAUGCCCAUUUCCUCACUGCUGAAAACCUCCAGCGUUGCUCAUGUCGGUUACCUCAGUGGCGGCUAUACCCUGGUUGUCUUCAAGAAGAGAUUCUAUCCCGCCGAUUACUUCGAGCAUGUCAGCCUGCCGUCAGAAUGUCAUUCCGUUGUCAACAACGGCCAGUUCAUGGAGUUGCUCGAAUCGGUUUCGGAGACCAAACCAGUUGGAUUCGAGGAAAAGAUUGUGUAUUUGCCGAAGCUCGUGGAUGUCUCCGCAAGGACUCGUAUGGUGUAUGUCGAUAUUGGCGUCGGGGAGCAUCUGAAAUUGAACUCUAAUGUUGCAACUUGGUAUUUGCCGGCUUAUCCAGUUGAUCACAAGUCGUUCAAUGUCUAUCUUGUUGAUCACAACACCUCGGUUCUGCAUUCGUUCGUGAAGAGGCCCGGUGUUACUUUCGUUUACCAUCCAGGCCUAGCUGGAGACAAGGUGGAGGACCAAGUCCUCGGCAUUGAGGACUUGGAUCCAUUCAUCGAGGAUCAAGGCUUUGAUUUCGUUGCGUGGUUCGAGGAAACUGUCAAGUACGCUGAUUUCGUGGUGAUGAGGUUGAAUGCAGGUGGUGAGGUCGAGCUGAAGUUCCUCGUUGAGCUGUUCAGGAGUGGAGCGAUAUGUGCUGUUGACGAGCUGUUCCUGAACUGUUCUGGAAAAGGUUUGGGGAAUGGGGAAUGUGGUAGCCUCGUCAGGAGUCUUCGAGCAAGUGGUGUGUUCGUCCAUCAAUGGUGGUGA